AUGCAUGAUGUCGGUGUGACUGAUGUCGUAACCGUAACUGUAAGUACGCUCUGUGAGCCUGUUGUUGUUGUUGCCGACGGUGUCGUGUGCGAGUCGACACUUUGGCUACUGGACUCGGCGGGCCUGCUUGUCGAUAGGCUAGAAGUUUCACUUGUGCUAUCAAUAACUGGAUCGACCGAUGACCGGGAGGUUCCGGUGCUAGACUGUGUCCCUGCUGUCGUAGAGCGUGAAGUACCUGUGGUAGUGUCUGCCAAGGUGCUUGACGUCCGCGUGCUCUCUGUUUCAGCUGAGGUUGGUCUCGUUGAUGACGAUCCAGAUGCGGGCAGCGAUGAAGGUGAGACGCUAUUCGUCGAUGUAGCACGGGUUGCGGUCGCUUCUUCUGAUGAAAUAGAUGUAAGUGUAGGCGAAGUGCUCAAAGAUCUGCUUGUACUUGAAGAUGCCGUCCCCACCGUGGCUGGACUCGAUGUCGAUAUAGAAGGAGAGGCGGUACCAGAUGCUGAAGUGGGAACCGACGUGGAUGAGGAAGGCGAAGCACUGCCAGAUCCUGAAGCCGAAGCUGAAGUAGAUAGGGAAGGAGAGGCAGUACCAGAUCCUGAAGUAGAAACCGAUGUAGAUAAGGAAGGCGAAGCGCUACCAGAUCCUGAAGUGGAGAUCGACAUAGGCAAGGAAGUAGAUGCGGUACUUGGUCCAGAAGAAGAAAUCGAAGUGGAUAAGGAAGGAGAGACACUACCAGCUCCUGAAGUAGAGACCGAUGUGGAUAUGGAAGGAGAGGCGCUACCAGAUCCUGAAGCCGAAGCUGAAGUGGACGAGGAAGGAGAGGCGCUACCAGAUCCUGAAGUGGAAAUCGACGUGGAUGAGGAAGGCGAAGCACUGCCAGAUCCUGGAGCCGAAGCUGAAGUAGAUGGGGAACCAGACCCUGAAGUAGAAACCGAUGUAGAUAAGGAAGGAGAAGCGCUACCAGAUUCUGCAGUGGAAACCGACGUGGAGACUGUGCCUGACGUUCCUCCCGUGGAAGUCAUAAUUGGUGUAGAUGUCAAACUGGCGGUGGUGCUAAGACCAGGUGAAGAUAGAAUUGAAGUUGUUCCAGAGGGGAGUGUAGUUGAUGAUGUCGAAGAUAAUGAGGCUGCAGACGUUGAAGCUGCUGAUCCAGAAUUGAGUGUUGGGUCUCUCGAGUUACUUGAAGUAGCUGAUCCCGAAUUGAGUGUUGGGUCUCUCGAGUUACUUGAAGUAGCUGAUCCCGAAUUGAGGGUUGGGUCUCUAGAGUUACUUGAUGUAGCUGAUGUUGAUUGUGAGCUAACAGCUGAAUUACUCGAUAUGCUUGAAGUCAAAGUGGAACUCGUACUACCAAGAAGCGUGGAAGGGGCGGAUGUACUCGAUCCUGAAGAGGACAUAGUUGAGGCUAUAGAUGUUGCCGACGUAGUAGCUGAUGCUGCUCUUGUACUCGACGCUGAUGCAGAGACUGUAGCUGACGCACCACUGGUCGAAGCAGUGUUUGAUCCAGAACUCAGGUUGUCUGGCGUGCUCGUUGCGCUCAAGCUCGUAGUUGGUGAGGAUAGAGUAGAUGGAGAUGCGGACAGUGACGAUCCAGAACUUAGCAAGGUCGUUGAUAACCGUGAAGUCGUCUCUGGACUUGCAGUGUUACUAGACGAAGGCGUAGACAAGACCGCUGUCGUCGGUGUACUGGGCAGUGCGGACGAUGGUGAGCUGGUACUUCUGGAUGAUGUGAGAGUGGAUGAGAGACCUGUCCCCGACGCCGAACCCGCUGUAGUGGAGAGUGAAUUUGUGCUAAUGCUCGAAGACCCGGUUAAUACAGUAGGCAAAGACGAAGAUGAAGUUCCAGCGGUUGUCGUUUCCCGAGUAGAAGAUGUAAGGGAUGAAGUCAGCGGUAGAAUGGUGGCAGAUGACGACACAACUGAACUUGGCGUGAGGGACGAAGCACUACCAGAUGCAGAUGAUGCCAAUGAAUUAGAGGCCUCAGUAGCUGUUGUAGAGGGAGAUGUACUCCUCGGGGAGGUCAAUGAGCUUGUUACCCCUGAAGCAGAGGGCGAAAUUGACGUUGAGGUCCCUGCAGAAGUGGUGGAUAGCGAGCUCGGUGGAGUGUUAUUCGUGCUUGUUCCUCGCGUACUCAACGAGGUAGAUGUGCUUGUCCCACUGGCCGACAGCGAGGUGGAUACGGAAAGGGUAGGGUCAACGCCGUUCACACUGGUUCCAAUCGUACUUGAAGAGGCUGAUGUGCCGGUCCUAGUAGUGGUUGCCGAGGACGAACCUGCUAUAGUAGGAUCAAUCCCAUUGGUACUGGUCCCUGCUGUACUUGAUGCCCUUGAUGUGCUGGUGCCACUUGUGGACAGAAUGCUUGAGACCGCUGAAUUGGUUUCGCUUGAUCUUGAUGUGGCAGAGGUACCUGUAUUGCUGGAAGUCAUUGUUGUUGACGCUAGGCUCGAUGCCUUUGUGGAUGGGUCUGCAGAGUUGGUAGUAGCGGAUGCUAAGCUCGACGUUGCAGCCUCCGACGUUGAAGUCGACAACGAUGUCAAGGUACUAGUACCGCUGGUCGAGAGUGAAGUGGAGAUCGAGCCAGUGCUGGCAGUUCCAGGCCCAGUCCUCGAUGUGCUGCUAGCCGAAGAUGAGGGAGCCGGAGGACUAGAGGUACUAGUUCCAGUAGUAGCCGAUUGUGUUGUAGUGGCCGUCAGAGGCUCCACGCUCACGGUGCUCGACGCAAGACUCGUGGAGAGCUUCGACGUCGUGCUAGUCAUCAGGAGUGUGACUGUGCUACUCCCGCUAGUAGACAAGGAAGUCGAGACAGAAAUGGCUAUUGAAUCCGACGUUGACGACUUAGUAGCUGAACUUUCAUUUGACGAGCUUGGCGACGGUGAGUUCGUUGAAACCGCCAAAGGCGAGCUGGUGCCUGAGGUUGACGGGCUUGGCCCUCCGCGAGAUGUUGUUGACUCUGAACCAAUGGAUGUUGGUAACAGUGAUCCUGAGGAUGAAUCUGAUGACUUGGUGGUUGCAGUAUUCGGGUUCAGUAUCACACUGGAUGAACCCGUGGCUGUCGUAAGCGGAGCAACAGAUGAAGUUGACGAGCCAGCGCCAGUGCUGUUGGGGGCUGUGGAGGAGGUAUGUGAGCCCGUUCCCUCACCAUUAGAAGUAUUUCCCGUCGAGGAUGCAUUGGGGCUAGUUGUCAAGGACGUGGACUUCGAUGUGGAUGAUUCAACACUAGAGCCCACAGAUAUCGUGGACGUUGUUGAUGCUGGCUCGAGGCUCCCAGUCGAAGUGAGAGGUUUGGUGGAGCCGCUUGGCUGCAAGGUCGAGGUGGACAGCGAUAAGGAAGUCAAUGUACUACUACCGCUAGUGGAAAGCGAGAUCGACGUGGUAAUCGUGAUGGCUUCUACACUGGCCGUGCUUGAUUCCGAAUAUGUUUCGGUAGCACUGGUGGUCUUACUGGAAGACGUGUUCGCUCUGGAGGAUGAGGCUGGUUCUGUGGAUGGAACGGCUGAAGAGGACAAAACUGACUCAGUAGAAAGGGAAGUAGGCAGUGUAAGAGAGCCUUGCUCGCUUGUGGAAGUCGUUUUGGAGGUGGUCGAACCCGGUGCAUUUGGUGAAACAGAUCCUGUAGAAGAGGGCCCGCUAGAUAUUGGUGACAUUGUUUCCGUGGAAGAUCGCGAUGUUUGA